AUGCUGCUGAUGCGAUUGAAUCGACGUCGUCUAUUUCGAAGAAUCAGUCUACGCUACUUGAUUGUAGCUCUAAACCUCAUCGUCGUCCUUGCCCUGGUUGAGGCAUUCAAUAUACACUCAGCACUUGAACAAGCCUCCUUGGAGGAGCCCAACGCAUUUGGACAGCAGAAGAUCUUCAUCGUCGGAAUCCACUGGAACAACGAAAACAUUCUACGAGACCAUUGGAUACCUGCUGUGGUCGCUCUGGCCAAGGACAUCGGACCGCAAAAUGUCUUCGUCAGUAUCUACGAAAGCGGGAGUUACGACAAUACGAAAGCGGUGUUACAGUGGCUGGAUCAUGCGCUCGAGGAGAAUGGCAUACCCAGAAGAGUGAUACUCGAUGAGACGACGCAUGCUGAUGAAAUCACCAAACCCCUGGGCGACAGCGGGUGGAUUGAGACACCGAAUGGAACAACACAAUUGCGCCGUAUACCAUAUCUGGCUAAGUCACGAAACAUAGCAAUGGAGCCUUUGUAUGAGCUGCAAGACACCAAUGUUGUGUUUGACAAGAUUCUCUUCCUCAAUGAUGUCGUGUUCACGACUCCAGAUGUCCAAAAGUUGAUCUCCACUAGAGAUGGGGACUAUGCUGCAGCCUGCGCUCUGGACUUCUCCAAACCACCUGCCUUCUACGACACCUUCGCCCUUCGAGAUUCUGAGGGCCACGAAGCUGCCACAACAGCAUGGCCAUACUUCCGCUCACGAGCAUCCCGAGAAGCCUUGAAGCACGGCAAACCAACACCGGUGGAAAGUUGCUGGAAUGGCAUUGUUGCCAUGAACGCAAAGCCAUUCUACCAAACCCCUCGAUUGAUUUUCCGAGGCGUGUCAGACUCUCUGGCGAAGUUGCAUGUCGAGGGCUCGGAGUGCUGUCUCAUUCACACGGAUAACCCUCUCAGUGCGGAACGGGGUGUUUGGGUGAAUCCAAAUGUGCGAGUGGGCUAUAAUGAGCGUGCUUACAGAGAGGUAAAUCCAGAGGGGUUGAGGGCGUGGAUGUCUGUUUUCUCUAUUGCGCGAGGCCUUUGGACCAAUAGGUUAUUGCGGUGGUCUACAUCUCCUUGGUUCAAGGAGAGGGAGAUGAGACGCCGCGUAGACCAGUGGAAGGAGAAACAUCCCGAAGGCCACGAAACAGGGUCUUCAUGCUUGAUAAACGAGAUGCAAAUCUUGACAUGGUACGGCUGGGCUCAUGUAUAG